CCUUAAUCGUCGCUCCCUCACUUCGUCCACCGCCGCCGCCGCCAUUAUUCAUCGGAAAUAAUUUCUCCGUGACCACUCGGAGAAGAAGUGCUAGUGGUCGAAGUAAUUUGCUAUUUUCGCAGAGAAGAGAGAAAUCCAAGUACUGUGUGAACAGAAUUACUACUAUGAUCGAGCCAGAAAACGAGAUACACGAAGAAGCGGCGGCGGCGGAAGACGAAGACGAAGAGGAAUACGUUAUGCUCGAUUUGAGCAGCAUCUCCAACCACAUUCGAAUCCCGCCGUACGCCCCAUACGUACUCUCCGGUUUGGAUACGCUCAACCCGAUUCUGAUCAUAGAUAACAAUAUUAAGCUGAUUGGAGAGUACAAAGAAACAUUUGGGACCUGCCUUGUUUUCAAUGAAAGUGGAGUGGAUCCUAUCGAUAAGGAACGGGCAGGGUCAUCUGACCCGAAGCAAACCCCAGCCAAGAAAGUUAAUCCGAUAGCAAGUCUCGAUAAGAUUCUCAAAUUCAGAUUAUUCAUGGAGGCUGAGAAUAGAGAUAUUGGGGCAGAUAAGCAAGCAAAUAAUCCAUCUUGAUGUACUACAUGAAAUUACCUUUUUACCCUCUUAAUUUAUAGGAUUGAUAUUAAUAGAAUACGAGUUUUUUUCUCAGCAAGUUUUUGUUUUCGUGU